ACCCCGCCAUGAUUCAACUUUUUCUCUCUCUGAUCUACUUUUAUUAUCGAUUGUUCUUUGAGUAGGAAUAAAAGACAAACCCCCAACAUGGCGACCUGCAAAUUGGUUUGUGCGUCCGGGGCGAAUCCUGCCGGUCUGCUGCCCGCUACACUGAUCGCAACAUCCGUCAAUGAGGCAAGACCCAGUCCAGUUGUUGAAAUCACUUAUGAGAAUGUCCCUACACUACCUGGCGGUGAUGUGAUCGAGUUCACUGGUGCUAGUGGAGAGACUGUUCAAGGUCUCAAUGCUGUAAUUGCUGAGCUCCGUGUUCAAUUCCCAUUUCUCAAGAGCAGAUACGAAGCUCAGGAGGAACAAUGGUUAUCUCGAGUCAACCAAUACGUCCCGUUAGACUUCAAAGCUCUUGAAGCACCACUUCAGACUCUGGAUUCUUAUCUGACCCUUCGCUCGUUCCUCGUUGGUUACUCCUUGUCCGCUCCCGACAUUGCUAUUUGGGGUGCACUCCGCGGAAAUCGUGUUGCUGUAACUGCAGUAAAGAAAGGAACGUUGAUCAACUUGACUCGCUGGUUCCGUUUCUUGGAGGAGCUUUGUCCUUGGACUGCCGCUGCUGUUGAUGCCGUGAACGCUGCCGCGAAAGCCAAGAAGGCUGCUGCGUCCAAGGCAGGUGCCAGUUACGAAAUUGCUCUGAAGAACACUGAGCAAGGUGUUUUGACUCGUUUCCCUCCAGAACCAUCCGGAUAUCUCCACAUUGGUCACGCAAAGGCGGCUCUCCUGAACGACUACUUCGCCCAUGAAAAGUACAAGGGUACACUUUUGCUGCGUUUUGACGACACUAAUCCUAAUAAAGAGAAAGAGGAGUUCACCGAUGCAAUAAAAGAGGAUUGUGCUUUGAUGGGCAUCAAACCAGAUAAAGUUUCAUACUCUUCGGAUUACUUCCAACUGCUGCAUGAUUACUGUAUCCGAUUCAUCAAGGAAGGACAUGCAUAUGCAGAUGACACCGACAAGGAGACCAUGGCACACGAGCGAAUGAACGGAAUUCCCAGCAAGCGUCGUGAUGCUUCCGUCGAGGAAAACUUGGCUCGCUUUGAGGAGAUGAAGACUGGUUCUGAAGAGGGCCAGAAAUGGUGUAUCCGAGCUAAGAUUUCUUUCGACAACAAGAACAAGGCUAUGAGAGACCCGGUCAUCUACAGAUGCCAGCUGACACCUCAUCCUCGUACUGGAUCGACCUGGAAGGUUUACCCUACAUAUGAUUUUACCUGCCCUAUCCUUGAUUCUGUCGAAGGCGUGACCCAUGCGUUGAGAACCAUCGAGUACAGAGACCGAAAUCCACAAUACGAGUGGAUGCUUAACGCGCUAAAACUCCGCCCGGUUCAGAUCUGGGACUUUGCUCGCAUGAACUUUGUGCGGACUUUGCUUUCCAAGCGUAAAUUGACUAAGUUGGUUGAUAGUGGCGCUGUUUGGGGCUGGGAUGAUCCCCGUUUCCCAACCAUCAGGGGUAUUCGUCGGAGAGGCAUGACAAUCCCUGCACUGAGAGAAUUCAUCCUCAAGCAAGGCCCAAGUCGCAACAUCGUUAACUUGGACUGGACUAUUUUCUGGGCUACGAACAGGAGGUACAUUGACCCUAUCUCGCCACGCCACACUGCUAUCUUGAAAGAAGGUGUGGUUACAGCUUAUGUUAAGGGAGACUCUGUUCCGCUAGCCACUGCUCCAUCGAUUGUCGAUAAGCCUAAGCAUGACAAGAACCCCGAGGUUGGCAUGAAGAAGGUGGCUUUCAGUGAAAAUAUCAUCCUGGAGCAGGAGGACGCCAAACUAUUCAAACAGGAUGAAGAAAUCACCCUUAUGAAAUGGGGUAAUGCCAUAGUCCGGAAGAUUGAAAAGUCGGGCGAUCUCGUGACCAACCUCGAAUUGGAGCUGCACCUCGAAGGAGAUGUCAAGAAGACCGACAAGAAGGUCACCUGGCUGUCUAGCGCAGGUCUCUCGCUCAUCCCAGUUGAGCUUGUCCACUUCGACCACCUUUUGACAAAGGACUCCCUUCAAGAAGAGGAUAAUUUCGAAGACUUCCUGAACCCCAAGACCGAAUGGAGAGAGCAAGCUUUUGCCGAUGGAAACGUUGCAGACAUCAAGGAGGGCGAUAUCAUUCAGUUCGAGCGCAAGACCUUCUAUCGUUGUGAUCGUCCUUUUGCUGCUGAUGGCAAGCCAGCUGUGUUCUUCGAGAUCCCAACUGGAAAGACAAACAACUAGAUAUGAAGACUAUCGUGUAACUUAACAACAGCUAUGAAUGUAUCUUGUUGUUCCUCAAGAUUCAAAAG